UUCUCUAUUCCUCUGAUUGUGGCAGAAGGAGCAGUCAGCUUAGGGGGGCUUUGACUCUCUGUGCGGAUCUGCUUCAGUUUACAAACCGAGUUAGUUGAGGAUUCUAGGCGACAUUUUAGGAAAUGGAUAACAACAGCCGGACUGUGUUGGUGACAGGUUUUGGACCCUUUGGAGAACACACUGUCAACGCCAGCUGGGUAGCAGUGCAGGAAAUGAAGAAGCUUGGACUGGGCAAUAACAUUGACCUGCAUGUAUACGAGGUUCCUGUGGAAUACAAGAAAGUCGAGCUCAUGGUUCCAAAGUUUUUGAAACAGUACCAACCACGACUGGUAGUUCAUGUCGGAGUCUCAGGGAUGGCCACCACUGUGACACUGGAGAAGUGUGGCAGAAAUCACGGCUACAAAGGCCUGGACAACAGCAGCUUCUGUCCGGACUCACAGUGUUGCAUUGUGGGAGGCCCAGACUGCAUCAACUCAGUUAUUGACAUGGAGUCAGUCUGCAAGAGAGUAACUGCAUCCGGGCUGGGGGUGGCUGUAUCCGUGUCCAAAGAUGCUGGAAGAUAUCUCUGUGACUUCACCUACUACACAUCUCUGUACCUGAGCCACGGUCGCUCUGCCUUCAUUCACGUGCCUCCUCUCGGAAAGCCUUACAGCGGGGAGGAACUGGCCCGUGCGCUGCAGGCCAUCAUCAGGGAGAUGCUGGAGCUCCUGGACCAGGCUGAGGAGAAGAUUCACUGCCAGCAGCACAUUCACUAAGUGACAUCAGACCAGCCUCUCCAGCCCCUGCCACACAAGACAAAUUGCACUUGACCACAAGUAGCCAAAACUUCUCUUUAUUGUUUUUUCUUUUUUUUUCUUGGACAUAUUGAACUUCUGAGACAUGGCUUUUUUGUAGCAUUUAAAUGUUUUUUUAUGAUUAGGUUGUGUGAUUCUGAAUUUCAUAGAUCUUCUUCCGUUAGAGUUGCAGACUGAAAGCAAUUUUUGGUCACAUUUAUCUUUUAUCCUGUUAAACUUCCUGGUUUCGGAAGUUUUAUCAAUAUGAAAAAUAUCCACUAAGGAAUUACAUGUAAAGAGUCUCCACCGUGACGUUAAAAGCGAUCUAAACACCCAAAUGUGACUUCUAUUAAUGCACCUUAUAGGGUUAGGGUUACUGUGAUGACUAUAGAAGGCACAUUAGGGAAAAUGUAGCAUCAGAACUUCUUUACGUUUCCACGUUGCUUCAUCCCAGUAUGUUGAAGGUAGCAGGUGUUUACACCUAAAUGAUUAGACGUUCAUGUACAUAAUAUAUGGUUUAAGUAGAAAUGUUUAGCUGUAAGCUUCUUCUUCCUUCACUCCUUUGACUCUAAACUCGUCAGUCUUUCCUUUUUGAUGUUUAAUUGUUUCUGGGUCAGUUUUCUUUAUAAGAAGUUGUGAAUUUACCUUCCUUUACAAAGGUUAUUUAAAUCAGGGAACGGGUUGGUUCCAGCUCAGACUUCCCCAGUUUGUUGGCCCAGUUCUGACCGAAAAAAUAAGUAAAUAAUUCUACCCCACUGAGAUCUGGCCUUGGGCUGUGCAAUGUAAUUUUACAGAUCUCGCUCAGUGGAAUCUGCCUGAAAGUUUUAUCCUGAUGAUUUUUUUCUUUUUUCUUUGUAUGGCUGCACAGCUGUUGAGAAAAUAUUAAAGCUUUUAUAUUUCCUGACAGAUUAAAACAAAAGGGUUUAUCUUAAGGUGUAAUAAACGGAUAAGGUUCUGGGGGAAAGUACUUGCUCUCUUAAAGGUGUAGUGGAGGAUUUUUGUGAAUUUUUGAAAAGACCCACCCUCUUAAACCCAUUUCUCCUUGUGCACACUGUUUAAAAGUUGCUGUUUGCAACUUUUAAACAAACAAAAAAAAAAAGAUUUACAAUUUUUCCACUAUGUCAAAAAUUAUGGAAAAUAAGGGAAAAUGGGGACGAGCACAUCAACAGAGCAUAUCACCAGAACGGUGGACAAUUAGGAGGAAUACUUAUUUUGAUUAUGAAAAAGAAACUCCUCCACUAUACCUUUACAAAUUCCUGCUUUUUUGUUCCCCUUCAGAGUUUCAGAUUAUCAAAUUAACUUUAAUUAGAGAUAAUCUAAGUAAUGAAAAGAAAAUUGGAAGUAUCGUUUCAUUAUUAGUAAAAACAAGCUACCCUGUGUAAAGUGAGUGGAAGAUACUUUUUUACUUAGGUCCAGGUUUUUUUGGAAAUCUUUUUCGUUUUAAAAAUUAGAUAAUCUUAUAAAGGGUUUGGGUGGCACAUAGGUUAGUGGUAGAGCAGGCAAACCGAAUGCAGAUGCUACGGUCAUUAAUGGGUUACAUUUUUUUUCUGUAUCCUUCCCUCCUCGCUUCAACUCUUCCUGAUCAGCUAAUAAAGGGUUUAAUGCAUUAGUACUACAAAACCCAUGAAAAAAAAACAGCAUUUAUUCUUGAUCUAUCUCUACAAUAAUACAAUUCAUUUGAUAUUCUGAAACAUUUAGGCAUGACAAAAAAGCAAGAAAUUGAACACUCCCCUGCAUCUGGCUGUAUUAAAGAAUCAAAACCCUUUUAAUUACAUUUGUAUGCAGGAAAGUGAGGUGGUUUUAGAUCUGUAUUAUGGAAUAAUCAAAUUACUCAAGGAUGCUGUAUGAUCAGGUAAUUUGUUUCAAUUAAACUGUGCAAAGAUGCUUAUGGAUGUAAACUGAAUUCACCAAAAAAAAUCUUAAUCUGUUUAGAGAAAAUAAAUUAAGUCAAAUGUUUUUUUUUCUCAUAGUAGUGCAGCCAUUAGUUUUGCUCCAAAUUUUCUGAUGUCCUCCUCAGUAAGUCAGAAAUAUUGUUGUUACCGAUUUUAAGAGAGAAACUGAUUUACUGAGGUUAAAUGCAGAGUUUUCAGUCUGAACUGGGCCUUUUUUAUUUCUGUUGCACUUUCUGAUUUUGUACAUUUCUUUUCUCUGUUCUGAAGUGGCAUUUGUCAAACAUUGAGGGGUUGUAUACUUCUAUUUUCCUGUCACUUUAAAAGGAAUCAUGUAGCUUUCCACAACUAUUUUAACUAGUUUUUCUUUUUUUUUCUUUUUCAAACAAAUGUGAUGAUGUGAGAUUUGUGUAACUUUUGGUGAGUUUUAUUUUUUUCCUGGAACUUUAGAGCUUUUGUUCUGAUUUAUUUCGCAAACGGGAUUUCCUUUAUACUGUCUUAGGCUUGGUUUUACUGUGUAGACCAGACAUUUUAAUUCAAGCUGCAAGGACCCAGCUCCUAACUGCAUUAAUUUUGUACAGAUUAGAUUAAACAAUUUUUUGUAAAUUAUAAAUUUUUACAGGUCAGCUUAUUUUUGACUUAAAGGAAGAUUGGUGGUCACAAAAAAGGAUAAUGAAUUAAGUUAAUGUUCCUGUAACCCAUCAAAUUGAGCCUGCCAUUGUUAUGUUGUUUAAAAAUCUUUGCAGUUGAGUUUGUAAGUUCAUUGUCUGGAUUUGUGAGGGUCGUGGAGAAGCUGUCUGAAGAAAUUCUGCCUAACCUUCGAGGUGAUCCCUGACUCUCCUGUGCCUUGUUGCUAUUGAUGUUCUGAAAAAGGCCUUACUAAUUCUCCAUGGUUCAUAUCCAAGAUGUAUUUUUGAUGCUGUCUGUACAGACGUAUGUCUACCUCACAAAUACUUUUUUUUUGUAUCUCCUAGUGUGUUUAGUUACAUACCUAUAAUAUUGCUCUUUUGCUUUGAGUGACUGUCCUCUGAAAUGUCUGUCAUUAUGCACUGUUACAGUCUUCAAUCUCACCUUGUAAAAGAAAGGCUUUAAAAUAAAGGAAUUAAAAGAUUACA